AUGCAGCUCUGGGGCAGGACGACGCUCGCCGCCGUCGCGGGCGCAGCGUGUGCCCUGCAGCCGGUGUGUGCCCUGCAGCCGGUGCGCCUAGUUCUGCUGCCAUCGGACACGGACACGGCUGCGCACGCGCGAGGCGUCCCGUCGUCAUCAUCCAACACGCACCACCUGCACGAGCGACACGAGCCGGCCCACGUCGACGGGUGGGCGCGCCGCGAGCGCGUCGAUGCUGGAACCACGCUGCCCAUGCGCGUCGGCCUGCGCCAGUCGAACCUGGAUGCUGGGCGCGAGCUGCUGAUGAAUAUAUCAGAUCCAGAGUCGCCUCGCUACGGGAAGCACUUGUCCGCGAAAGACGUCACUGCCAUGUUUGCGCCGUCGGCUGAAUCUGUUGACGCGGUCAAGAGCUGGCUGGUCGAGUCUGGUAUCCCGGCGCAUCGACUGUCGCAGUCGACGAAUAAGCAGUGGAUACAAUUCGACGCCCUCGUCGGCGAAGCCGAGAGGCUGCUGCUAGCCAAGUACCACGUGUUUGAGCAUCUGGAGUCGGGCGUCACCAAUAUUGCCUGUUCCGAAUACCACAUCCCCACCGCGGUGGCCGAGCACGUCGACUACAUCACGCCAGGCACCAAGCUCGUGUCCGCCGGGUACGGGGCGCAGGCUACCGAGCGCAUGCGGCGGCGGCGGAUUCGGCGGCGGCACCCAGUCCGCAGAAGGAAACCGAAGAAGCCGCGGGCCGACUCGGACAUUGCGCACGUCGAGUGCGUCGACGAGGAGCGCGAGUUCAAGAUCCUCGGGUCGUGCGGCUACGACGUCACGCCGACCUGCGUCAGAAACCAGUACCAGAUCCCCAACGGCACGACCGCGACUCCGGGGAACGAGCUGGGCGUGUUCCAGGGCCUGAACCAGCACUACAACCAGUGGGAUCUCGACAUGUACUGGAAGCACACGGCCUCAUGGAUACCACAGGGUACGCACCCGGAGCUGCGCGCCAUCAACGGCGCCUACGGACCCAUAGAAGACGUUGCGCUGGCCGGAGAUGAAGCAGACCUGGACUUCCAGGUGGCGAUCCCGCUCAUCUGGCCUCAGACGGCGGUGCUGUACCAGGCCGACGACGAGUGGUACCAGCAGGAGCAGCUCAAGAGCGACACCAGGUACGCGGGCUUCUUCAACACCUUCUUCGACGCCAUCGACGGCAGCUACUGCGCGCUGGACGCGUUCGGGCAGGCGGGCAACUGCGAAGACGACGCGUGCCGCGACCCCGAGUACCCGAACCCCAACGACACGGAGGACGGGUACCAGGGAGAGCUGAUGUGCGGCGAGUACGAGCCGACCAACGUCAUCAGCAUCAGCUACAGCGGCGUCGAGAGCGCGCUGCCGUACGGCUACAUGCAGCGGCAGUGCCUCGAGAUCAUGAAGCUGGCGCUGCAGGGCGUGACCGUGGUCGAGUCGUCGGGCGACAACGGCGUCGGCGGCCGCCGCUACGACCCGCGCGCCGGCUGCCUCGGCCCCAACCGCGACGUCUUCUCGCCGCGCCUCAUGAGCAACUGCCCCUACAUCCUGAGCGUUGGCGCCACCGAGCUCGUCAGCGACAACCGCACGGCGAGGCCCGGCAACAACGGUAGCAGCAACAAUAACGCGCCCGAGGCCAAGUUCGUCGAGCGGGCGACGACCUACUUUGCGUCGGGGGGCGGCUUCUCCAACGUGUUCGAGACGCCGCCGUGGCAGGCGCGGCACGUCGAGCGGUACCUGGCGCGCGCCAACAUGUCGCACCUGGGGUACGAGGGCGGGGGGCGCAACUACAGCAACGUCGGCGCGCAGCCGGGGCGGCUGUUCAACCGCGCCGGGCGCGGCUACCCCGACGUGGCGGCCAUCGGCGACAACUACCGCGUCGUCACGCGGGGGUCGGCCGACCGCAUGGGCGGCACGUCCGUCGCCGUGCCCAUCUGGGCCUCGAUCCUGACCCUCGUCAACGAGGCGCGGCUGGCCGCCGGCAAGAGCACCGUGGGAUUCGUGCACCAGGUCCUCUAUAAACACCCCGAGGUCUUCAACGACAUCACCAAGGGCUCGAAUCCCGGGUGCGGCGGCGACGGGUUCCGCGUCGAAGAGGGCUGGGAUCCCGUAACGGGACUUGGGGGAGUUGCCGGCAUUGCCAGCAUCGAUGCGAAUUGGGACACCAAACGGUAUAAGGCAUUCAAUCCCAUCACCCGAGCCAUGGCCCUGGCUACUAAAAAUAAGCGUCAGCCAGGCCCCCGAAAGCAACCUUACUACCUUACCUAAUUAAAGUACCUUGGGUAUCUGGGUGAAGGGUGGCAGAGGACAGAGGAAGAAAGUAAAAGAGAGGGAAGGAAAGCAAAAGAAAGGAAAUGAAAUGAAAUGAGAGAAAAGGCAAACUGGGAAUGAAACGAAACGAGAGAAAAGGCAAACCAGAAUAUCCUCCCCUGAGCUAAGCAAAGAUCAAAUAAGCAAGAGAAUUUGAUAAUAACCGCUCCAAAGAGCAAAGAAGACGAGAAUGCGUGGACCGGAGGUAAAUUUAGGCCCCGAG